GAGCCAAAAACUGGAGCCUCUGCACUCACUACUCACUGGGAUCGCCCAUGAAACUGAAACCCACACCAAAAAAGAAAAUUCUGAAAAAUAAAAAUUAAGAGAAACCAAGAAAUUCAACCCAAAACUCAUAUUCCGAUAAUCCAACCAAACAUGUCUUCACUAGCCACAAAAAUCUCCCCGAGGUCUCUCACCAGGCUCUUCGCCUCCUCAAAUCCCAAUUUUCGCACUUUAUCCGCCGCCACAGCCACAGCCACAGCCACAGAGCCUCGAACCCAGAAGCUCGAGCGAAUCGCCGACGAGCUCCUCGACCUCACAAAGCUCGAGAGGUACGACUACUCUGUUCUCUUCCGCCAUAAAAUGGGCCUCAACAGGUACGGUCCGGCGAUCUCAGCCCCCAGUUCAGGCGGUUCAGGAGCGGCUGGAUCUGGGCCGGCAUCAGCUGACGCUAAGGCGGCGGAGAAAACGGCUUUCGACAUUAAGCUUGAGAAGUUCGAUGCGGCGGCGAAGAUCAAGAUCAUAAAGGAGGUGAGAACUUUUACCGAUUUGGGUCUGAAAGAGGCCAAGGAGUUGGUGGAGAAGGUUCCUGUUGUGUUGAAGAAGGGUUUGACAAAAGAGGAGGCUGGUCCAAUUAUGGAAAAGCUCAAGGAGUUGGGUGCUACUGUAGUAUUGGAAUAAGUAAACUCAAUACUCAAUUUUUGUUUCUUCUUCUUCUUUUGAGUUUAGUUCCAUUGAUGUAGAAUAAUGAUUCUUUGGUUUGAUCAUAAAUGGAAAGGGAUAAACUGUUAUUGAAGUUUCUUGUGUUACUCAUAAGCAGAUUAUGAGUGGAGUUUGAAAAGAAUUUUGGUAUUUGCUAAUUCAUAGACUGCUUUUCUUUUGUUA